AUGCAUAAACAGAUGGAAGUAAUAAAGCAGCAAAGGGAUAGAGAUAGUAGAAUACAAGAUAUAGGGGGCACCAAAGUUUCUGUGCCAAAAUUUGACAAGAUCCCUUGGCUUAGUGAGGCCAGCCGCAGCAACAAGCCACUGGUGCUCAGCCUUCCCAAAAGGUCUCCUCACGCCUCUGCAUUUCUGGUUUCAUCUAAGAAGGAUACGCAUUUGCCUAUUUUGUUUCAAGUUCCAGAUGUCUUAUCUAAGGCCAGGAGGGACAAGAGUAACCCCAUGCUGAUCAGAAGCAAGCAGCUAUGUUCCACAUGUCAAGAAAUAAAAAUGGUACAACCAAGAACUUUGAUAAUCCCUCAUAAUCUGAAGCUAUCCUUUGAGAAUUUAAUGAGUCAUAGAAUGAUGAGUCGUCCUCCACCCAAAGCCAAGACUGAAUCCAAACAUUCCUGUAAUGACAUCUCAACAGGUUUGCAUUUAGUCCAUCCAAGGGCAGCAGUCUUGGAGGAGGACUUCAGGGAGAGUGCUUACGGAGCUGGCUAUGAGCUAAAGCCUGGUGGACCUACUGUGACAUCUCUAAGCUUCACUUCGGUUAUUCUAACCUUCCCCGAGGUGUUUAUUCUAAGAAGCCCUUGCUUUUCCUUCUUUUUGCACCAUCCCCCAGAGAGCAUUCACUACAGACUGCCCAUUCUGGGCCCCAGGACAGCUGUCUUCCACGGACUGUUGGCAGAUACCUACAAAUCUCUGCGGGAGACACAGCUCUCUUCCUUGCCCGGAAAGGAGCCGGUAGGCAAGACAAUGAGGCAAUGAGUGGUUGGAGCUCAUCCUCUUCCAGACUCACCAAGAGAAAACAAGUUAACCAAGCCUGUUUCUGACGCUAGCGCAUUCUCAUAAAUAGUCGCCAAAAAGGUGACUCACUUUUGCCUUCCUGGGAGUUGCUAGAAUUCUAGCUCUUGACAAUCUUCUUCUCACUUUUCCUAAAGACAAGUGGUCUAAUUUACAAGAUGAUAAAGACUUGCUGAUUCAAGUGGAACAUUUCAAGUGUCAUCCAUUUUAUUUUUUUAGGAUUCAUAAUUGUGGUGUAAUAGACAACACCCUUCUGUUUCUAAGACGUGAAUUUCCUGUGAAAAUUAUUUCAGCUCUUCUUCAGAGCAGAGGGCUGGAGAUGGCUCUGGGAAGUCCCUCAGUGGGUUAACCUAUUAUGAAUACAUAAUGAAAGGGAAAUGGAGGUCACCUUUCUGUCCUUAUCUCUGUCAGUUAACUGGCAGAUGACAAGAGGAUACUGUGAUGCAAUGGGGAAAAUGGCAAGUGGUUAGUGGUUGCAACCGUCAAGGACAGGAACCGUGCCUUGUCUUGCCCCGCUCACGUGAUGUCAUUUAGCGCCCUGUGUAUAAUCAGAUAUUCAUCUAAUCUUUGCUCCAUCGUGUCUAAACCAUGUGCUUGUAUUUUGUCAUUUUGUUACUUUGGUUUGAGAAUGUACACCUUCAGCUUUGUCUUGGUCCAUGUGUCAGCAGUGUGAGGGAGACAGAAGAAAACUCUAGGCUUACAAAUAUCGUAUUUAUAGGCACAAGUGGUCCAUACCCACCUUCAGGCUCAUAUAUAAAAGGUCCCUUCCCUUCUUUAGGGUGCAAUAGCCUUGUAGAAUCCCCAAAUCCUGGCUAAAUGGACGCUGGGCCAACAUGCGAGAACCAACCUCUGUGCUGACUGUAUUUGAAGAACAGGCUUCAGGAAUCUUUAACAAAUGGCCUGGUACCUAAAUUGACCUCAUUUCUUAUACACACACACACAAACCCCUCCAAAACCAGUAAAACUUGAUCGAUUGCCCUAUGUUUCUGGUAGGCUACGAUUCUUGGUUUCAGUUCACUUAGGGUUCAGUAAUUCCGGAAGUAAUACGCACUUCCUCUCAGAGCACACAUGAAUCAUGAUUCCACUUCAGAUCAUUGCCAAAGGACAGACAAACCAUGGAUAAAAAUGUUUCUUUCUUCUUUUUUGCUUUGCAAAUGAACAUAUCCAGUAAAAGCAUUUGGGGUAUCUGUACCCCUGAAUUAGGGAGAAAUACAUGUCCCAAGCACAAUUAUUUGGAGUUUUUGAGGUAAUUUGAAUAUUAUAUGCUUAGUCAGGUAGACUGCUUCCUAAAUCUCAAGAAGUCCCCAUCUGGAGUACAAGGGUGUUUCCAAAAUCUCAUCAAGAAGAAUAACGUUCUGGUGUUUGCCAGUGUUCUA